UGUGUUAUAUUUUUGUUUAUAUCUAGUUUUUAUAUUACAGAUAGUGCAAACAGUUAUAUGCAAUCGUAUGAAGACCAAUAUAAUGGUUAUACUGAACAACACGUUGCUUACCCAACCAUAUACUUCAUAACCCCUACUUAUAACCGUAAAACUCAGAGAGCAGAUUUAACUCGGUUAGCACAAACGUUACAUCCAAUAAAGGGAUUACUAUGGAUAGUGGUAGAGGAUUCCGAAAACAAAACUCUAAUUGUGAAUGAAAUUUUAGCAAAAUAUAACAUAAGAAGUGUGCAUUUAUAUAUCAAAACAGCGAAAAAUGCUGUUCAUAAAGGUUUAGCCCAAAGAAAUGCUGCUUUGGAGUGGAUACGCAGACACCAUGUUUUAGGGAAAGAUAAAGGUGUGGUAUAUUUUGGUGAUGAUGAUAAUUCGUAUGAUUGGUUAUUAUUUAAUGAGGUAGGUUUUUUUUCUCUCGUUGGCCUACAUACCAUUUUAUCCUACUUGAUUAAAUAUAUUACUAGGAAAGUUAUAAUGGGGCUUCGUGUAUGCAUGAUAUAA